AUGAGGUUCGCGAAAACUCUCCUCAGCCUGCUCUCGGUGCUCGCCACCUCUCAGCAUGCUCUCGGUCAGUUCGCCACCCGCUUGGGGGGUGUCAACACAGCCGGUUACGACUUCAGUGUUGACACUAACGGAGACUACUCCGGCACUGCUGCCCCUCCCCCGACGUCUCAGUACACCCACUUCACCUCGGAAGGCGCCAACCUCUACCGUAUUCCUUUCGCCUGGCAGCUGAUGACCCCCACUCUGGGAGGCACCAUCGACUCCACCUUCUUCUCGGAGUACGACCAGACUGUUCAGGCUGCUCUGUCCUCCGGCUCUGGCGUCUACGUCAUUGUUGACUUGCACAACUACGCCCGCUGGAACGGCGACAUCGUCGGCCAAGGUGGCCCGACCAACGCCCAGCUCGCCUCGAUCUGGACCCAGCUCGCCUCCAAGUACGGCUCCAACGAGCAAGUCAUCUUCGGUCUCAUGAACGAGCCGCACGACCUCAACGUCACUGAGUGGGCUGCGACCCUCCAAUACGUCGUCAACGAGCUCCGCUCUGCCGGCUCGGAGAAUUACCUGCUUCUCCCUGGUUCUACCUACUCGUCUGCCGAAGCUUUCCCCACGGAAGCCGGCCCCUACCUGGUUCAGAUCACUGACCCUCUCGGCGGCACUGGAAAGCUGCUCUUUGAUGUCCACCAGUACCUUGACUCUGACAACAGCGGCACUCACGACACUUGUGUCACGACCAACGUCGCUACCCUCGAGACGCUUGUCAGCUUCCUCCAGAACAACGGUAACCGUCAGGCCAUCCUUAGCGAGACGGGUGGAGGCGAGACGACCAGUUGCUACACCGACCUCGGCGAGGAGCUCUCGUAUGUGAAGUCUGCCUAUCCUACCCUCGUUGGAUUCUCGGCCUGGUCUGCUGGCUCUUUCGACACGACCUACGUCUUGACGCUCACUCCCUACUCCAACGGCACGGAUGAGACUCUCUGGACCGAGGCUGUCCGCCCGUACCUCCCUUGA